UCGGUCUUUCCUUAACACCUCUCCCUCACUGUGGUGAACAUGUCUUCUGGAAGCUUCUGAAGAGGAGCUUCGAGAAACCCACCCCUGAAGUAUAAAAAGACGCCGGCACGGCCUUGGGUCUGCAUAGACUCACAAAGGAACUCACUUAAAUGCACCAACGAGAGAUUUAACUGCUCACCGGACACACAUUUUGAAGCUCUGCGAAAAAAGAAAAGAAGAUAAGAGAUUUGUUUGACGAUUAAUCUGAAGAAGUGACAAAGAUUACCAUCAAGAUGCCUGAGAAUGCCGGACACGUUAUGGAGGAGGAAGUGGAGACCUUUGCCUUCCAGGCUGAGAUUGCUCAGCUUAUGUCUCUGAUCAUCAACACUUUCUACUCAAACAAAGAGAUCUUCCUUCGAGAGCUCAUCUCCAACUCCUCAGAUGCCUUAGACAAGAUCAGAUAUGAAAGCCUGACUGACCCCAGCAAACUUGAGUCCUGCAAGGACCUUAAGAUUGAAAUCAGGCCUGACCUGCACGCUCGCACCCUGACCCUCUUAGACACGGGCAUCGGCAUGACCAAGGCCGACCUGAUCAACAACCUGGGCACGAUUGCCAAGUCUGGCACCAAGGCUUUCAUGGAGGCUCUGCAGGCUGGAGCGGACAUCUCCAUGAUCGGGCAGUUUGGUGUGGGUUUCUACUCGGCCUACCUGGUGGCUGAGAAGGUGACGGUCAUCACAAAGCACAACGAUGAUGAGCAGUACGUGUGGGAGUCUGCAGCUGGUGGCUCGUUCACUGUAAAAACCGACACCGGUGAGCCCCUUGGCAGAGGAACAAAAGUCAUCCUGCACCUGAAAGAAGAUCAGACUGAAUAUUGUGAGGAGAAGCGCGUUAAGGAAGUUGUGAAAAAGCACUCGCAAUUUAUUGGAUAUCCUAUAACACUUUUUGUGGAGAAGACAAGAGAGAAGGAAGUGGACCUUGAGGAGGGAGAGAAAGAGGAGGAGGUGGAGAAAGAGGCUGCUGAGAACAAGGACAAGCCUAAAAUUGAGGAUGUGGGUUCGGACGAGGAUGAAGAUUCAAAAGAUGGGAAGAACAAAAGGAAGCACAAGAUCAAGGAAAAGUACAUUGACGCUCAAGAGCUGAACAAGACGAAGCCCAUCUGGACUCGCAACCCAGAUGACAUCACCAACGAAGAGUACGGCGAGUUUUACAAGAGUCUCACCAACGACUGGGAGGAUCACCUGGCAGUCAAGCAUUUCUCAGUGGAGGGCCAGCUGGAGUUCCGGGCCUUGCUCUUUGUACCCAGAAGAGCUGCCUUUGACCUCUUUGAAAACAAGAAAAAGAGAAACAACAUCAAGCUUUAUGUGCGCAGGGUCUUCAUUAUGGAUAACUGCGAGGAGCUGAUUCCUGAGUAUCUCAAUUUCAUCAAGGGUGUUGUGGACUCUGAGGACCUUCCUCUGAACAUCUCCAGAGAGAUGCUUCAGCAGAGCAAAAUCCUGAAAGUGAUUCGCAAGAACCUGGUCAAGAAGUGCCUGGAGCUGUUCACAGAACUGGCUGAAGACAAGGACAACUACAAGAAGCUCUACGAGCAGUUCUCCAAAAACCUCAAGCUUGGAAUUCACGAAGACUCCCAGAACAGAAAGAAGCUGUCUGAGCUGCUGCGAUACUACACCUCUGCCUCUGGAGACGAGGUGGUUUCCCUUAAAGAUUACGUCUCUCGCAUGAAGGACAACCAGAAACACAUUUAUUACAUCACUGGAGAGACCAAAGACCAGGUGGCCAACUCUGCCUUUGUGGAGCGCCUACGCAAAGCUGGCCUGGAGGUCAUCUACAUGAUCGAGCCCAUUGACGAGUACUGCGUCCAGCAGCUGAAGGAGUACGAUGGGAAGAACCUGGUUUCAGUGACAAAGGAAGGCCUGGAGCUACCUGAAGAUGAAGAUGAGAAGAAAAAGCAGGAGGAGCUGAAGAAUAAGUUUGAGAACCUCUGCAAGAUAAUGAAGGACAUUCUCGACAAAAAAAUUGAGAAGGUUGUGGUUUCCAACCGCUUGGUCGCGUCCCCCUGCUGCAUCGUCACUAGCACCUAUGGCUGGACGGCCAACAUGGAGAGGAUCAUGAAGUCUCAGGCACUGAGGGACAACUCCACCAUGGGAUACAUGACGGCUAAGAAACACCUCGAGAUCAACCCACUGCAUCCGAUCGUUGAGACGCUAAGGGAGAAGGCAGAGGCCGACAAGAACGACAAGGCUGUGAAGGACCUGGUCAUCCUCCUGUUCGAGACCGCCCUGCUGUCUUCAGGAUUCACACUGGAGGACCCACAGACUCACGCCAACCGCAUCUACAGGAUGAUCAAACUGGGUCUUGGGAUCGAUGAUGAUGAAGCUGCAGUUGAAGACAGCAUUCAGCCAGCCGAUGAAGACAUGCCUGUCUUGGAAGGAGAUGAUGACACAUCAAGAAUGGAGGAAGUUGACUAAGAUACUUUCUAGAUGUUUCCAGGCUUUUCCUAAUGUUUAUUUUUGUAAGUUAUUAUUUUUUUUUCUUUAAAACAUUUUAUUUAACACAG